UCUGUGUGUGUGUGUGUUGGAAGCGGGGAGAGGGAGGCAGAGAAAGGCCGGUCGCGGGGCGCCUCCUGCGCAGCUGAGGCUGACAGUUAAAGUUCAUGCUCCUAACAGGAUCACGAGCGCACACUUCUCCUGUUGUGCGCGCCGAGGCGAGCCGCGCCUGUGCACAAAGUGAUAUUUAACACAUCUGUUAAAGCGUUUUGAUAGCGACAAUCCCGUUAAGACAUUAUUCCAUGACGAGGGCCCCAGAUUGAGUGUUGAAGAUCCCGUGAAACCCGAAAAAUCCAUUUGCAUUUCAGCGUCACGGCAUAAUAGAGAGCAGGCAUGGGGAUUUUUGUUUGUUUUGUUUUGAAAUGCAAAAACAGAUUGCAAGGAACAAGUGUAUUCUUAAAUGUUAUCAACCAUGCGUCCGUGGGAGAAACGAAUGUUGUUCUUUUCUCCUUGUUUUUAAUAAUAGCUCAUCGGGCAGCAUAUUUGCUGCCGCCCAUUUUUCAGUAUACGAAGUGAAUGGAUUGAGGGAAAAUACACGAAUGAAAAGCUCACACAAUGAGACAAUAUGUAAAGAUUGGUCUUUAAUUAGGCAGCUCGCCUCGGCCCGACACAAUCCGGUGAAAAAGAAAAGUGGUCCAUAUGCAAAAGUGAUGAGUGGCCCUCCUUUGUGCUGCAGGCCACAUUGUGUGUCGCUUGCUUAUGAAGUCGAAUGCAAUCAUAAAUUGCGGCUCCGGCCAAUCGCAACGGGCCAUGAAAGCGGCCCGUGAGGAGAACUUUGUUUGGCUCCAUUGUGGAGCCUGUCAGGCCCAGAGGGGUGGGCGUCGGGGGGGUCGGGGCGGGGGCGCUGCUAUAAAGCUCCCGUGCCCACAGCGAGGAGACCACAGAGGACUUUGCAGACACUCCACCACAUUCUCCCCUCGCUAAAACACGCGGAGUAUUCCUCAGGCAGGCUUCCAAGUCGGGACCAUGAUGAUCCCAAGCGUCAUCGCGCCCCCCGCCCUCUAUCCCGGCCUCUACCGGCCCGCGGCCGCCGCUCUGCCGCAUCUGCACCACAGCUUGCCCACGGCCUUGCCCACCCACUCCAGCUUCCUCGUGGAGGACCUACUACGGAUAAGCCACCCCGCCGCCUUCCUAAACCGGACACCGCCCACCGCCGCCGCCGCCGCCGCGACCACCACGAUAUCGUUCGCCGACGUGUGCGUGGAUCGAGGCUUGCCCAAAACGUCGAGCAGCAAAGAUCCCACUUUCCUCAAGUUCGGAGUGAGCGCCAUCCUUGCACCGACCCCAAAGACACCGGCGUCCCCCCCGCCGGUCACCAGCAUGCACUCCAAGAGCUUCCACGUCCCCUGCUUUGACGGAACCUUCCAGCCCAUGUUCAGGACGCCUUAUUUACACGCAGCUUCUUCUCCCGUGCCAAUCCCGGGGACCUUCUCCUGGCCGCUGGCCGCCCGAGGGAAGCCCCGCAGAGGGAUGCUCCGGAGGGCCGUCUUCUCCGACGUGCAGCGCAAAGCGUUGGAGAAGAUGUUCCAAAAACAGAAGUACAUCAGCAAGCCCGACAGGAAGAAGCUGGCCUCCAAACUCGGCCUGAAAGACUCACAGGUGAAGAUUUGGUUCCAGAACAGGCGGAUGAAGUGGCGGAACUCGAAGGAGCGCGAGCUGCUCUCCUCCGGCGGCUGCCGCGAGCAGACGCUGCCCACCAAGGCCAACCCGCACCCGGACCUCAGCGAUGUGGGCAAGAAGUCCGAAGACGACGACGAGGACGAGGAGGAGGCUUUCGGCAGGCAGACGACGCCGGGCUCCUGCGGUAUCUCCUCUCCUUCGCUCUCCAUCAAGCACUCGGACUUCUCGGAGUCAGACGAAGAGGAGAUAACCGUGUCGUAGAAGGCCGCUUCACACUCGAAAGACUGAAGGAAAAAAAACAAAAACAAACAAAAAAACAUUCCGAAGAGGAUACCGUCCUAGCUCACGACGCCACUUAAGUUAGUUUUCAGUUAAAAAAAAAAAAAAAAAAAAGUUUCAAGGCAGCGCACCCGAACUGGACAGGAUCUGCUUCUGAAAUACAUUUGCUGUUUUUGCACAGCUUCGUUCAAAUGUACAGCGUUUUGUACAAUUUUGUAUGGAAUUUUAUGCCAAGAAUAUUGAGUUCAAGUUACCUUCACCUUAAAUAGAGUUGUUUAUUGAAAAAGAUGUAGCUAUUUCAUUAAUAAUUUAUAUGAAUUUGUUUAAUACAUGUUGUAUUAUGUGGUGUAUAUAUGUUCAUUUCACUUUUUGUACAAAUACCAAAUAAACAUGUUCAGUAUACAAUUGAGUGUCUGUGU